AGAAAAUUUUCAUUUCACUUCUCCUUUACUUUCUCUCUCUGCAAAAACAGACUCAUUAAUAAUCAAUCAUACAUAAAACAAAAAACUAGUCAAGUCCGUUAGUCGGUGAACGAAUCUCCGGCCAUAUUCCCGACGUCGGCGUGUGCUCGACUGGAAACACCACUUUUAUCUGAGACUCGACUGAAGCACUUUUAUCUAAGAAUUAGGUGAAGCUGAAUCUCCGGUCACAUUUCGCCGGAAUGUCAGUUCUACCUUACCGGCAACUACUCUGCCGUGAAAAUUAUUUCAGUUAACAGUCCUCGAAACCCGGAUACACGGCCACAUUUUCUCCGGAACGUUAGUCUUUCGAUUCCACCGACCACUCUACAGGGGUAAACACCUUUAAGCAAACGCACAUCGCAUUUAUCUGACUUCACUCUGAUGCUUUUAGCCGCGAAGCUUCAAGUGGAGUUGCUGGUUCUUUUUCUGUUUUCGCUUUCUGCAAUCCCUUUCGAUCUCAUUUGUCUAAGGAAUUAAGAUGAAUGGAUUUCAGAAUGGCAGGAUUCAUACCCAUGAUAAACCUUCUCCAGGAUGCUUGGGACGAAUGGUGAACCUUUUUGAUUUAAAUUCAGGGGUGACAGGAAACAGGCUGCUUACAGAUAAACCACAUCGUGAUGGUUCACUCUCAAGGAGCCAAUCAGAUCUGGUGAGGUUGCCACCAUCGUCUGAGGAUCAAGUAGAAGAAAAAAUGGUUGUCUCGGAUUUGAAGAGGACUAAUUCAAACAGGAAAUCAAAUGGAAUGCCAAUGAAGAUGCUCAUAGCCCAAGAAAUGUCCAAGGAAGUAGGUUCUGGUCAUAAUCCACCUAGUGUUGUUGCUAAGCUGAUGGGGCUUGAUGCUUUUCCGCAGAAAUCUGUUCCAGCUAUAAGAAAUCAUUUUGGAGGUCAUUCACGGUGUCAUACAGAUUCCUCUUUCAGCUAUUGCCAGGAAGAAAAUGAAUCCUUGACGGAAGAACUGCAGCAAGAAUUACAUCAAUACCCCGAGCAGAAUGAAUAUAAAGAUGUUUAUGAAGUUUGGCGGCACCCCCCAAAAAUGAACUCUGUGAGAAGUGAAUCCCCACAAAAGGCAAGACACGAUGAUCAAAUUAGUUUUGAAAAGAAGUCAGCUUUUGUUCGUCAGAAGUUUAUUGAAGCAAAAUGUUUAUCCAUAGAUGAACAACUUCGCCAGUCUAAGGAAUUCCAAGAUGCAUUGGAUGUCUUAAGUUCCAACACGGAUCUGUUCCUCAAGUUUCUGCAAGAACCAAAUCCAAUGUUUACUCAGCAUUUAUCCAAUUUGCAGUCUAUACCUCCUCCUCCUGAGACGAAGCGAAUAACUGUUCUAAGACCAUCAAAGAUGAUUGAUGAUUGUAAAUUUAGUGGAUCAGUGAAGAAAAAUGAGAAAGAUAUAAGCAGAGCCAUCCAUAUAGUCCAGGGCAACAAGGCCAAAUCUCAUAUGACAUUUUCUCCUCCUAUAGCAAAUUGGAACAUUCACGAAAAUCAUGCUCAACCUACACGGAUAGUCGUAUUAAAACCAAGUCUUGGUAAGACUCACAACUUUAUUGAUGCAAGUUCUUCUCCAUCUGCAUCACCAAGAGUAUCACAAACUGAAACAAGUUUUGUCCACAUGGAGGUUGAUGAAGCUCAAGAAUCAAGAGAAGUGGCAAAGGCUAUUACACAGCACAUGCGAGUAAACAUAGGUGGACAUCAAAGGGAUGAAACAUUACUUUCUUCUGAAUUUGCAAAUGGCUACAUUGGUGAUGAAAGCUCAUUUAAUAAAUCUGAAAAACAAUAUGCAGCUGGAAAUGUCAGUGAUUCUGAAGUCAUGUCACCAGCUUCUAGGCACUCAUGGGAAUAUAUCAAUAGGUUUGGCAGCCCUUAUUCUUGUUCCUCCUUGAGCCGUGCUUCUUAUUCCCAUGAAUCUUCAGUUUCCAGAGAAGCCAAGAAGCGACUCUCGGAGAGAUGGGCGAUGGUGGCAUCUAAUGGCAGUUGUCAAGAACAAAGACAAAUGAGAAGAAGCAACAGCAGCACUUUAGGUGAAAUGCUUGCUCUUUCUGAUAUUAAGACGACCAGAAGCAUAGAGCAGGACAAUAUUAAAGAAGAUCCCCAGAUUUCAAAUUCCAACUCUCCGAGUAAUUCCAAAGAUGAUGAAGGUAACCACAAGUCACCAAAGAAUCUUUUGAGAUCUAUGUCUGUUCCUGUAUCCUCUACUGCAUUCAGUUCACAGUUGAAUGUGGGUGCCCCAGAAACUGUGACAGGAGAAAAUGACCUUUCCAAGCAUACAACAAAAUCUAGAAGUACAAAAUCAUCAUUGAAAGGGAAGUUCUCAAAUCUUUUUUUCUCUAGAGCCAAAAAGCCAAACAAAGAUAGAGCCAAGUGUCUGCAAUCCAAUGAUGACUUGCACUCUGGUCCAAAGCCUUUACGUUCUCUAUCAGAAAUUGACAAAUACAGUGGUCAAUUCCUUGAUGAUCCAGGGGCUGAGUGCUCAAGAACCAAUCUUCGUGAAUCAUCAUGUGCACUAACUUGCGAAGAUUUGGUUGAGAAGCAAACCACAAUCUCUCCUGAGGUUGUGUUCUCUGGAUCAAGAUCUGUGUGCGCUAGAUACCUAUGUGAGAACCAGGAUCAGCCAAGUCCUAUAUCAGUUUUGGAGACACCAUUUGAAGAGGAUGACCAUCUAGCAUGUAUAUCAUCUGGAGGUAUCAAGCCAGACCGUCAUGGUGCCGAGUUAUCUGUUCACUCUUUAAGGUCCAAUUUGAUUGACAAAUCUCCUCCAAUAGGAUCAAUUGCACGUACAUUGUCAUGGGAUGAUACUUGUGCAGAUACAGCCAGUUCAGUUUGUGUAAGACCAUCAUCAUCCACUCAGAGGACAGAGGAAGUAGAACGUGAAUGGUUCUCUUUUGUUCAAACAUUACUAACCGUGGCUGGCCUUGAUGAAGUGCAGCCUGAUGCUUUCUCAACCAUGUGGCAAUGGCAUUCUCCUGAAAGCCCUUUGGACCCAUCACUCAGAGAAAAAUACAUUGAUCUGAAUGAGAAGGAGACACUACACGAGUCUAAGCGAAGGCAAAGGAGAUCAACUCAAAAGCUUGUGUUCGAUUGUGUAAAUGCAGCUUUACUAGAAAUUGCAGAAUAUGGGGCAGACAACUUCCAAAAAGCCAUACCUUAUAUGGGGGUCCAUAAUAAUCUACCACAGGGAACAACUAGACUAGUAUUAUUGGAACAAGUGUGGGACUGGAUGAAGGAAUGGUUUUCUAGUGAAAUGAAAUAUCUGUCUACUGAUGGUGGGGACUUAAACAGCCUGGUGGUUGAGGAAAUGGUAGGGAAGGAGGUGAUGGGCAAAAUGUGGCUUGGAAACUUGAGAAUUGAAUUAGACAAUGUAGGAGUCGAAAUUGAAGAGAAGUUGCUCGAAGAGCUUGUGAAUGAAUCCGUCGUUGAAUUGACAGGUAAAAUGUGAUGACCCUUGUCCAAUUCUUCUUCUGUUUUUGCUUUUUUUCUUUCACAAUUAUAUAAUAUUAUUGUUGUUUGUGUAUUAUUGUAUUUGCAAAUAACACUGCCUACAAGUAAUUUGUUUAAUUUUGUGAAGUGUAUGAAAAUCUGUACUGAUCUAUAUCUUAAAUUAUUUUGUAUAUACAUAUAUGCUUUGAGGGGAA